AGGUGGAGAGGUAGAGAAAGUUGGAAGCAAAGCAGAAAAACCAAGAAUGGCACCCAUUGACCCGCACUCGUUCACAGACUCAAGCGACCCGCCAACGAGCCACAUCGCACUGACCCUCUACCUGGACUUCCCAUCCUCCACCAUAAACGCCACGGCCCUCUUUACUCUCCACACCCCCCACACGGGCCCAUUCUCCCUGGACACCCGCGGCCUCACUAUCCACUCCGUCCACACCCCCCAAACCCAAACCCAAGCCCCAAUCCCCUUCACCCUCUCACCGCCACACCCCAUAAGUGGGUCCCACCUCACUCUCACCCUCUCCAACCACACCUCCUUCCUCAUCACCUACACCACCUCCCCCUCCUCCUCCGCACUCCAAUGGCUCCUCCCUCCCCAAACCUUCGCCAAGUCUCACCCUUUCGUCUACACCCAAUGCCAAGCCAUCCACGCCCGCUCCGUCUUCCCCUGCCAAGACACCCCCGCCGUCAGGAUCCGCUACUCCGCUCUCCUCAACAUCCCCUCCCACCUCUCCGCCGUCAUGGCUGCGCGCCACGUCGAUCGCCGCCCCCCGAGAAACGACGACGUCGCAACCGCCCUUUGGUGCUCCCAAGGGAGGGUCGUCGAGGAGUUUCUCAUGGACCAGCCCGUUCCGCCUUACCUCUUCGCUUUCGCCGUUGGGGGCCUUGGGAACAGGGAGGUGGGGCCCAGGACUAGGGUUUACGCGGAGGAUGUGCCGGAGGUGCUGGAUUCCGCCGCGGCGGAGUUUGCCGGGACGGAGGAGAUGAUUAGAGAGGGAGAGAGGCUGUUUGGGCCGUAUGAAUGGGAGAGGUUUGAUUUGCUGGUUCUGCCGCCGAGUUUUCCUUACGGGGGGAUGGAGAAUCCGAGGAUGGUGUUCUUGACGCCCACUGUUGUUAAAGGGGAUGCAACCGGGGCGCAGGUUGUGGCGCAUGAACUUGCUCAUAGUUGGACUGGGAACUUGAUCACUAACAAGACUAAUGAACACUUCUGGUUGAAUGAGGGCUUCACUACGUAUGCGGAGAGGAGGAUUGUGGAGGCUGUACAAGGAGAGCAAAGAGCCACGCUGAACAUUGGAAUUGGUUGGAGGGGUUUGAAUGAGGACGUCGAGAGGUUCAAGGACAACUUGGAGUUUACAAAGCUAAAAAAUAAUCAGGAAGGAAUUGACCCAGAUGAUGUGUAUUCUCAGGUUCCAUAUGAGAAAGGUUUCCAAUUCUUAUGGCGCAUUGAACGACAGGUUGGGAGGCCCGCAUUUGAUGAGUUUCUGAAGAAAUAUAUUGAUACAUUCAAGUUCAAAUCAAUUGAUACGGAAACAUUCAUUGACUUCCUUAAAGCCAACAUCCCUGACAUAGAGAACCAGAUUGACCUUGUGCUGUGGACAGAAGGUACUGGCAUUCCUCCUGAUGCUUAUGAACCUGAUUCCAGUAGUUAUAAAAUGAUUGUAUCACUGGCAAAUGAGUUCAUAAAUGGGAGGAUGCCGAGGGAGGAUGAAGUUGCUGAUUGGCAAGGUCAGGAGUGGGAGCUCUACUUGGACAACUUGCCAAAAUCCAUUGAAGCUUCUCAGAUCAUAGCAUUGGAUUCACGCUACAAAUUAUCUGAGUCAAAAGAUUAUGAGGUAAAGGUGUCAUUUCUCCAAAGGGCUAUUUCAUGUGGAUGCAAAGAUUACUAUAAUGAAGUGGAGAAAACCUUAAAAGGAGUUGGGAGGAUGAAGUAUCUUCGUCCACUUUACACUGCUCUUGUGAAAGGCAGUGGGAAGGAAGAUGAUAAAGUAUUUGCCAAAAGGCUAUUUUCAGAGGCUCGUGAGUGUUACCAUCCAAUUGCUCAAGGUGUUGUUGAGGCCAUAUUUGCUAAGCAUCUGUAGAAGGAAAAUUUCUCAGAAUGUUUUAUGUAUUUGAACGUGCAAGAUGUCUGAGUGUACUUUACAAUAAAUAUAAGGUUUACUUUUAUUCUGACACCCUCAUAGCUGCUGCACCAGAAGUUUCUUCAUGAUUCUUCCUGUUAGAGCAUCUCAGCUUUUGGUUUAUAGGGUUACAAGAGUGAGAUGUGAAUUAAUGAUAUAAAGAUUUCCCCUGUAAGAAUUUUUUCUACCGAGGAGGAUAUAAGAAAUUUAGAUGCAACUUACUCGGACGGCUUUUGCUUGUGUUUACUCUUGAGGGUUAACUCAAUGUUCAUUAUAUUAUGGAAUU